CAAGAAAUGCCGCUAAUUUGAGUAUAUAAAGAGAGAAAGAAAAGAAGACUGUACAUACAGAUCAGAGAUUUGUAAUAAGCAACAUGUCAAGUAAACUGGCUAUUUUGGUCUUGUUCGGCGUAAUUGCUUCGGCAAUUGCUAGACCGAAUCUAGGCCUUGAUGGCAAAGGGAAAGGAGGUCUUAACUUAGGUGGUAGUGGCAAAGGACAAGCCAACCAUGAUAUCAGUGGAGAACUAAACGUAGAAGGUAACAAAAAAGCUGGUAGUAAUGUAGAUGUUAAAGGAAAAGGUGGGCACAAAGUUGAAUCCAACGUAGAUGUUGAUGGUAAAGGCCAAGUUAACAAAGGAAUCAACGGAGGAUUAAACAUAGGAAUAGAAGGUGGUCAUAAAGUUGAUACCAAUGUAGAUGUUAAAGGAAAAGGUGGGCACAAAGUUGAAUCCAACGUAGAUGUUGAUGGUAAAGGCCAAGUUAACAAAGGAAUCAACGGAGGAUUAAACGUAGGUGUACAAGGUGGCCAUAAAGUUGAUACCAACGUAGACGUUGAUGGAAAAGGUGGUCACAAAGUUGACUCUAAUGUAGAUGUUAAAGGAAAAAGUAACCAAAAAGCUGGAUCUAAUAUAGAUGUUAAAGGAAAAGGUGAUCAGAAAGCUGGAUCCAAAGUUGGUGGCAAAGGAAAAUCGAACCAUCGUAUCAGUGGAGGCUUAAACAUGGAUGUCGGUGUAGUAGGUGGCCACAAAGUUGACUCCAAUGUAGAUGUUAAAGGAAAAGGUAACCAAAAAGCUGGAUCUAAUAUAGAUGUUAAUGGAAAAGGUGAUCAGAAGAAAGCUGGAUCCAAAGUUGGUGGCAAAAGAAAAUCGAACCAUCGUAUCAGUGGAGGCUUAAACGUAGGCGUAGGUGUAGAAGGUGGCCAUAAAGUUGAUUCCAAUAUAAACGUUAAUGGAAAAGGCAACCACGAAGUUGAUGCCAAUGUAGGCGUUGGCGGUCAAGGACAAACUAGCCAAGGUACCGGUGGAAGAUUAAAGGCAGGUGUAGGUGUAGAAGGUGGCCACAAAGUUGAUACUAAUAUAGACGUUAAUGGUAAUGGUAAUCACAACGUUGAUGCCAACGUGGGUGUUGGUGGUCAAGGACAAAGUAGCGAUGGUACCAGCGGAGGUUUAAACGCAGGCGUAGGUGUAAAAGGUGGCCACAAAGUUGGCACCAAUGUUGGUGUUAAAGGAAAAGGUGACCACAAAGUUCAAGCCAAUGUAGACGUUGGUGGUCAAGGGCAAUCUAGCCGUGGUAACAGGGGAGGUUCCAACAUGGAUGUUAAUGGAAAAGGUAAUCUUGGAGGUCAUUUGAGUAUAGGUGGAAAAGGUGGCAAAGGAACUGCUUUAAAUAUAAACGGAAAUGGAAAAGGUGGCGCUGGAGGUGGUUUGGAUCUAGGUUUGGGUGGAAUAGGUGGUAAAGGGUCUCUCAACGUAGGUUUGGGUCAAUAAACUUGCCAAAAUUAAGUGUAAUAAAUAUUUUUAUAUGAUGUACGUGUGAUGAUAAGACUCGUCACAAUCUUUUGCCAUUAAAUAAAAGUUUAAA